AGUGAAAGGAGUUACAGAGAGAGAGAGAGAGAGAGAGUGGAUCUAAUAAUCUGUUGGGCUUAAAAGUGGAAGGAGUUACAGAGAGAGAGAGAGAAGAAGAAGAAGAAGGAAUUUACCAUGUUCCCUUUCUAGAUCUCCUCUUCGCAUGUGUGCCAGGCCGUGAUUGGAUUGUGGAAGCAUAUGGUUGUCUAGACAAGUGAUGAUCAUCCCCGUCGAGCCUCGAUAAUUAGGGCUUCGUCCAAGGUUAUGCGCAAUUUAUCUCUCCCUCCCCUUCUUCGUCUUGCGGUUGUUCUUCCUCCUGCGUGGCUUGUUUUGGGCAUCUCCUCACCAGCGCAGCGUCUCAGCAGCGGUGAAAGGGGUCUACCUUUGCAUUUAUUCAGCUCCUGAACAACGCUACAAUUGAAGUUGGACGCCUGUGAUUUUCAAUCCAGAAGAGAUGGCACGGUCGUGCCUUCCAUUGGCUAGCAUCAUUAUUGUAACUUUGCUCCUUGGUGGCCAGCAUCGUCAAUUUGUACCUUGGGUGCCCCCAACUUCCCAUAUCUUUUAGGCUACAGUAAUCGGGGAUUUGGGGUUUGUAUGAUGCUUCUUAAUUCCUCCAAGCCCUUCUGUAAUUGGGUUCUGGGCCUUUUUAAGACAACCCAAUUUCCCCAGAUUCUUCUGCUGCAGUUAGGUUCUUUACCAGGGUUUUAGGUUUUUUGUCUUCACCUAGGCGCCCCAAAUGUCCCUCGUUCCUCCCCUUGCGGGACCUUGUACCAGGGAUUCUCAGAGUGAUCCUCAAGCUAACAUCAUAACCCUCAACGUUGGUGGUGAAAUAUUCCAAACCUCCCCUCAAACGCUAGAUCUUGCUGGUCCUGGGUCAUUCCUUACCACCCUUGCCUGCUCUAAGGGGGCCUCCAUACCCUUCAUUGAUAGGGACCCUGAACUCUUCUCCAUCCUGCUGUACUUUCUCAGGACAGGAGCCCUUCCUUCGAAAGCCAAAGCAUUUGAUCCUGAUGAUAUCAUCUCUGAAGCUCAAUUCUAUAAUCUUGUCCACCUUCUCAAUAGACCCAUCACAAACUCCUCUGAAUUCGAUGCCUUUGAGCUGGAAAAGGCCCUCAUUUUGCCCCUCAAUGGCAGGGAUUACCCUUCCGCCAUUGCCCCCUUUUUUGAUGGCUCCAUACUCGUCUCCCAUGGCAGCAAAAUUACGUCUUUCAAUUGGUCGCUGCGGAAGAAAACCACUGUCCUCACCGAAUUCUCUGCCAUUGAUUCCCUGCUUGCACUUUCGCCAGAUAUUGCUGCUGCAGGAGCCACUGAUUUCUCCGGCCUGCAAAUCAUUGACUCCAAGCUGGGGUCAGUUCUGGAAACACUGAGUUGGGAAAACCAAACACAUUCAGGGUCGAAUGUGCAGGCAAUUGGAUCUUCACCCGAGCUGCUGUUCGUGAGCUUUGAGUCUGAGCGUAGGAACUCGAAUUCAAUCGUGGUGUUUGAUCGCUCAAGCUUCCAGCCGGUGACAGAGAUUGGUAAGCAGGAAAUAUAUGGUGUUGAUCUUCUUGGCAGUUCAAUCCCUUGUACCAAAUUGAAUUGGUCAGCUGGUUUUAAUCUUCUUCUUUCAUCUGGGUUGCAUCGUGGUCCAUCUGGGUUUGUGAGUAGCAUCAAAUUAUGGGAUAUAAGAGACAACAAAGCGGUGUGGGAAUUGCAUGAGAAAGGUGAUUGCUUUGCAGAUCUAACUGUUUGUGAUAAUGUCUAUGGGAUUUUUAAAGUAGGUGUGAUGAGUGGGGAUGUUUUUAUGGCUGAUUUGAGGAAGCUUGGGGUCGAUGGACCAUGGGUUUCACUGGGUGGACCAAUGAGGAAGGAUGGUAAAAGGGAAGGGGUUCACUGUAAGUUGGUUAGCCAUGGCAGUCAUGUUUUCUGCAGUAGAGGAGGUGAUGUGGAACUCUGGUCUGAGGUUUUGAUGGCUCAUACCAACCAAGGUAGGAUAGAAGAGAGAGUUUUUAGGAGGAACACUCUAGGAGCAGCGGAUAACAAGGAGGAGAGUAUGAUCACACAUUUGGAUUUUGGUGGAAACAGGAUGAUAUUGGCUAGGAAAGAUGAACAAAUGAUUGAAAUUUGGCAGAGCCCUGCCGCUAAUCUUUUCUAGAAAUACUUUUAUAGGUUGAGAAAAAAUCAUGUCAUAUCUAUUCUGGAUAGCGCUGCAGUUGAUUUGUUACUCUCAACAGCUUGCCGAAUGUAAAAGACAUGGUAGUUGUCCAUCUUUCCUUGUAGGUUUUCCUUUUCUUUACAAAUGAGUGAGGGGAAAACCAUUACCUAAACCUUAUUAGCAGUGGUAAAACCGGCUGGCUAUACCCUAUUAGUUGAUUCACGAAGAAUGCAUCAGCGUAGAUAUAUAUUAGUUUAUUUAUUUUUUCAUGAACCAACUUUGACAGACUUGAACCAACUUGAUCUUCAUCGGUACCUGACAAUCUACGUUAGUAACACUGAUUUAUACGUGUAAUAUUAUCUGCGUUUUUUGCUCUUCCGCCGAGCAUAAAUACAUGCAUGAUUCCCAGUUCACAUGA